AUGUUUGACGAUGAUGAUGAUGAUGAUGAUGAUGAUGAUGCAAGACGGAUGAAGGCUGGCGAUGAUCCGAAGAAGAAGAGGAUUCAAGCUGCCUCGACUCAACUCGCCAACAUCCGACACAACAACAACACCAACAACAACAAGAACAACAACAACAACAACAACACCAACAACAACAAGAACAACAACAACAACAACAACACCAACAACAACAACAACACCAACAACAACAACAACACCAACAACAACAAGAACAACAACAACAACAACAACACCAGCAACAUCAACAUCUACGGAAAACAAGACGCCGCCAUCACUGUUACUGCCACACCCACCACCACCGACAACAACACCUUAGCACAGCAACAACAACAACAACAACAACAACAGCAACAACAAAUACCUCAUCAAGUCUCAAGUGGAAUGCAAUCCGUUGAAAUGGUCUCCGCUGAAACCCAUAUGUCCGAACGACAGCAGCUAGAGUUGCACCAGCAGCAACUCGAGCAGCAAAAGCAACAACAGCUCGUGCUUCAACAACAACAACAACAACAACAGCAACAGCAACAGCAACAACAACUACAGCUCCAACAGCAACAACAACAACAGCAGCAACAGACACCACAGGUUCAGGACCCACAAGCCCAGACACUAGUAUUGCAGGCCCAGCAGCAAGCCCAGCAGACACAACGGCUAGCCCAGUUGGCCCAACAACAGGCGCAACAAGCACAAAGAGUGCCACAACAACAGACAGCAGCAACGCGACGCAAGUUCAACCUCGAUGAUUUUCGCAUCCACCGUACGCUCGGCACCGGAUCUUUUGGUCGCGUUCACCUGGUCCAGUCCCGGUUUAACUCUCGAUUCUACGCAAUGAAGGUCCUCAAGAAGACCGAGGUUGUCCGUCUCAAGCAGGUCGAGCACACCAACAACGAAAAAAUGAUCCUGGAGCGAGUCGAACACCCGUUCUUGAUCAACAUGUGGGGCACUUUUCAGGAUGUCCGGAACCUCUAUAUGGUCAUGGAUUAUGUCGUUGGAGGCGAGUUGUUCUCGGUUCUCCGGAAGAGCCAGAGAUUCCCAGAGCAUGUAGCACGGUUUUACACCUGCGAAGUUUUGUUGGCGCUGGAAUAUCUUCAUUCGCAUGCAGUGAUCUACCGAGAUCUCAAACCAGAGAACCUGCUGCUGGAUUCGAUGGGCCAUAUCAAGAUUAUAGAUUUUGGAUUUGCAAAGCAUGUACCCCAGAACAUGACAUGGACGUUGUGCGGGACACCGGAUUACCUUGCACCAGAGAUCAUUCAGUCGAAGGGAUACGGAAAGGCAGUGGACUGGUGGUCGAUGGGCGUGCUGAUGUUUGAGAUGUGUGCAGGCUUCCCACCGUUCUUUGACGAGGACCACAUCAAGCUGUACGGGAAGAUCAUGGCAGGGAAAGUGCGGUACCCACCUCAUUUUCAGCCUGCGCUCAAGGAUCUACUGAAGCGACUGUUGACCGCGGAUCUGACGAAGCGGUACGGAAACCUGAGGGGAGGCGCGACGGAUAUUAAGAACCAUGCAUGGUUUGAGGGUGUGAACUGGGACCAGGUCUACUCGAGACAGAUCGAGGCACCGUACAAGCCGACGAUCAUGGGAGAGGGCGACGCCAGCAACUUUGACGAUUAUCCCGAGGACGCAGAGCAAUGUGGUGUCUAUCCUAUUGGCGAACAGGACGAGCUCGGAUCCUUCUUCCCCGGCUUCUAG